AUGGCUCCCAAACAAGUGGUAACGUCAGACAAAGGCCUCAAAUCAAACCUCUUCUCUCAGGCUACCAUCCACAAUGGCACCGUCUAUGUUAGUGGAAAUAUUGGCAUCGUUCCCGCCACGAUGAAGGUGGUGGAAGGUUCAGUCGCAGACAGGACGAAACAAGCUCUGGAAAACAUCAAAGUUGUCCUAGAGGAAGCCGGAAGCAGCCUCGAGCAGAUCCUCAAGAUGAACAUCUACCUGACAAACAUGGAAGAUUAUGCUGCCAUGAAUGAGGCCUUCCUCAAAAUCAUUCCGGAUCCGAAACCAGCACGGACCUGCGUCUGCGUCAAAGAGCUUCCCUUCAAGACGGAUGUUGAGAUUGAAUGCAUCGCCGCAUUGUGA